AUGGCAACACAGGCGGCAAAAAAAUACCAGGCUUUGCCGAUGAACGCGACAAAGUUGCAAAAGCUACAGCUCUUGCAGGACAUUAUGGCUACUGGGGAUGAGGGUUGCAAGCAGUUCUGCAAGGAUGAGCUUGCAAAACUGAUCAAGCCGAAGGCAGCAACGCCAGCUCCGGCCCCUACCAGUGAUGCCGAUCCUCCGGCCCCUACCACAACGGGUGCCGAUCCUCCGGCCCCUACCACCAGGGGUGCCGAUCCUCCGGCCGCUACCACCAGGGGUGCCGAUCCUCCGGCCCCUACCACCAGGGGUGCCGUUCCUCCGGCCCCUAAUGCCCCGACCUUUGAUGAUGUCAGUGCGAAGAUGGGUUGGUCAAGUCCUGCAACCCCACGCAUGGUGGAGGCACCUGGUACGCCAUCUCCUGCAACGCCUGGCAGUGCAAUCACAACGCCUGGCAGUGCAAAAACAACGCCUGGCAGUGCAAGCGACGGCUUGGUCCAAGGUUCUUCGCCACUCUACAACCGAAAGAACGCCGCCAUGUUCUUGAAUCGCCUGAAAGGCAACCCAAAGAGGAUGCAAGCCUUGCCUGAUGACUUGGCAAAGUUGGUGCGGGACGAAGAUUCAAAGAGCAAAGCCAUCGACUUGAUCGUCGCUGCAGGAGGAGACGAAAAUGAGCUGGUCGGGCAGUGGACUGCAUCGUCCAUUUCUGUGGGGACGGACAAGGAAAAGGGAAAGAUGAAACCUUUGACGGAACAGGAAUUGAUCGGCAAGUACGGUGCGGUCAAUGCUGCGAAGGUGAUGGAGGAAAAAAGGAAGGCUGGUUUGGAGGUUGAUGAUCCCAAUUGUAAAGGGCUGAAGCUUUACUUGCACAACGAGUGGCAGAGGGAAUGGACGAGAGGCACAGAAGAACGAAGCAGUUUCACUGCUUCCGGAGAAGUUCGUGCGGGUGACGCUGCCAACGUUGCACAAAUUCUCAGUGUGCCCCGGCGGGCGCUGACAGGGCCCGGCCAGGAUGAUGAGGACAAUGUGGACAUGGAGGAGGACCCAAAGCCACUUCCGAACAAAAAACCAAAGAAAGCCAGGAAAAAUGAAGCCAGCGGCAAAGAGAAAGACGAAGACGGUGAAACUGAGCCGGAAGCACCACGAGUGGAGAAACUUUUGCCGCUGGACAAGGAGAUGACCAACUUCGAGCAGGAGGUCCAGGCGAUCUACGACCAGGUGGACAAGCUCAUCUCUGAGCUGGUCCACGAUGAUGGGGUUUAUCUUCCCACUGCUACCAGAUAUCUCGAUAUCGCGAAGCGUUAUGAGAGGCCCAGCAAGGUAGCAAACAGCUUGAUCCGAGCUGCGAAGGCGACUCCGAAGGAUCCAACCGCGCCCAAAGGAUCGGCUAAAGCCAAGUCCAAGAAGCGCAAAGCCGCGGAGGGAGCCUAG